UGUUAAAUCAAUCUUUUCAACCAAUCGGAUAGUCCCGAUCCACUUUAAGGUCGGUGCCAUACAAAAGGACCUUUGGCAACCAUGGCGUCGACGUCCGCUGCGCAGGCCGAGAUGGUAGCGAGUCUGAUCGGCGAGAAGGUGUUGGAGACACUAGACCAGAAGGAGCAGAAGCUCGACGAGACCAUCAAGAAGCUCGAAGAGGCUGAUGACGACGAGCUGGAGCGAUUACGCGAGAAGCGACUGCAAGCCAUGCAGCAGAAAGCUCGCAAGGCGCAGGAGUUACGCGCACAGGGCCACGGCGAGUAUUCAACCAUCUCUGACACCCACGAGUUCUUCGAGACCAUGAAAAAGAGCGACAAGGUCGUGGUCCACUUCUUCACGCCUGCCAACGCCUUCUGUCAAUUAGUUGACGGUCAUUUAUCACGUCUAGCUCCACACCAUCUUGAGACUAAAUUCGCUCGCAUUAAUGCGGAGAAAGCUGAGUAUCUAGUGGAUAAACUUGGGGUCUGGAUGAUUCCGUGUAUCGCUCUAGUUAAUAAGCAAAAGGUGGAGAAAAUGGUGCAGGGGUUGGACGAAUUGGGAGGCACGGACAAAUUCUCCACUGCCUUCUUGGCUUAUUACUUGGGUCUGCACAAGGUGUUGACAUAUGAAGGGCCCGAGCCGGAGAGUGCGUUGGACGACUGCGGAGGAGUGUACGCAGCAGGGAACGACCCCGUAGCAGCGAAGCAGCAGCUGGACCAGGAACGGAUCAAUAGUAUCCGUCAGAGCAUCUUUUACGACAGCGAUCUGGAGGAAGACGACUAGUGUCGGGACAUUGACACUUACUAUCCAUAAAGAACGUGGAUAAGAUAUGAAAUAGCCACUGUAUUUGCAGCUUACUAUUAGUCUGGGUGCUUGAGAUCUCUAUUGGAGAG